AUGCACGGUGCAGGCGCGCCAGCAAAGCGCAUACCGUUCUGGCGAGGCGACGACGAGUUUAGCCUCCGCGCGCUUGUCGCUGGCACGCUUGUAGGCGCACUCAUCACGUUUACAAAUUUAUACCUUGGGCUGCAGUCCGGCUGGAUCAGCACCAUGUCACUGCAGGGCGCAUUAAUGGGGUACGCAAUAUUCAAAUUCAUUCCGCCCUCCAUGACUUUAUUUGGACACAAGAUUGUGUUGCUUUCGUCGCCACUCACGGCGAAAGAAAAUGUGAUGAUCCAGACAAUAGCGACAGCGAUUGGUAGCUUGCCACUCGUCUCCGGUGCAAUCGGCAUUUUGCCCGCCUUUGCUAUUCUCGAUCCUGCACAGGAUGGAGUGGGCCCGCUAAUUUUUUCGCAGACCGCACUGUGGGCCUGGACGUUUGGCCUCGCAUUCACCGGCAUUUUUUUCGCGAGUCCGUUGCGCGAGCCAAUGAUUUUGCGCGAGCGCUUGCCGUUCCCUAGCGGUGCUGCCACGGCGCAGCUUGUAUCGCUUCUGCACAGACUCCCGCUGGAGCGGCCCAUCACGCAGUCGGAGCCCGGUGCCGAACCGACAGCGGCGACACAGGAUGCGCCGCCGCUCCAAGGCACAGAGGCCGCCGAUGUGAACGACAGCGAUGCGCAACGGAACUGGAUGGCACUUGGUGUUUCGCUCGCAGUAUCGUGUCUUUUUACCGUCCUCUCUAUAUGGAUUCCCGUUUUGUACGCAAUUCCGAUUUUCGAUAUCGUGGCACCCCAUGGCGAUACACUCACACGUUGGGGCUGGUGGUUUACCCCGUCGUUCAGCUACAUUGGACAAGGGAUUAUCAUGGGUCUUCCUACUUGUGUCAGCAUGACGGCGGGUGCACUGGUCGGCUGGGCAUUCCUCGGGCCGAUGGCCGCGCAUUUCGGCUGGGCGCCGGCGGAGCCGCUGGAUGCCGAGUACGGCGCUCGCGGCUGGAUUAUUUGGCUUGCUCUUGCCAUCAUGUGCUCCGAAGCGGUGGUCGGCAUCGCCACGCUUAUCGCUGCAGGCUCGCUGCGCGACGUGUCUCUGUGGCUCGAUAGUGCAGAGCAGGAGCACUCGCCGCAGCCCGAUCAUGCGCAGGAGCAUGCGCCAUUGCUCGCACAAGACGCACCGCCACAGCCCGCAGCAGUCAAGGACGAAGACGAAGAGGCACACCGCGGAACGCCGAUGAAUUGGGUGCUUUGGGGCUUGCUGAUCUCAACUGCCGUCGGCGUCAUUGCGAUUGCCGGCGCUGUUGGUCUGCGCAUUGCGCCAUGGGCCAUGUGCAUUGCAUUUUUGCUCGCGAGCAUAUUUUCCCUGCUCGCCGUGCGUGCAUUGGGCGAGACGGACUUGAACCCGGUGAGCGGGGUCGCAAAGAUUAGCCAGCUAUUGUUUGGCGUGCUGCAGCCAGGGAAUGUGGUCGCAAAUUUGAUCGCUGGCGCAAUUGCCGAGGCUGGCGCUAUGCAAGCGGGCGAGCUAAUGCAGGAUUACAAGACAGGGUUCCUUGUGGGCGUCGCACCAUGGAACCAGUUCCGUGGCCAGAUUAUUGGGUCGCUGCUGGGGGUCGGCAUAACCGUGUUUGGAUACACUCUCUACCGCUCCACGUACACUAUUCCCGGGCCCCAAUUUCCCGCGCCCACCGCGAAUGUGUGGCUCAAUUUGGCCCGAUUCAUCAAUAAGGGGUCCCUGCCAGCCAAAGCUCCUGCAUUCAUGCUCUUUUUUAGUGUAUUCUUUGCCAUCACGGGCUCUGUGCGUGCGAUUGCGCACGCCAGGCACAUGCACCGCGAUCGUGCGUGCCGCGCGGCGUGGGCCGAGGGUAAGCCGGAUCCUUUGCGGGAGAAGCAAGUGCCGCUAUGGGAGCGCUACGCAAUGUGGCUCCCAAGCAGCAUUGCGUUUGCUACAGGGAUGAUGAACACGCCGAAUUUCUCCCUGGCGCGCUUGCUGGGUGGAAUCCUUGUAUUUGUGUACAAUCGGCGGCACCGCAGCGCACCAGGCAGUAUAAACGCGCUCCUGAUCAUUGUGAUUGCGUCUGGCUUUGUGCUGGGCGAGGGAUUUGCGAGCGUUGCUGGGCUGAUGCUCGCCAGCUUUAACGUCAAGCCGCUGACAUGCUUUGGCUGCAGAUACGGGUGUGCUGGAAAUUGUUCAUAG